CGCCCCCUAGCGGGGAAGGGUGGUCACUGGGUCACACUCCAGGCACCUGACUUGGGGGCGGGGGCGGGGAAAAGAGGAACAGGAAAUGCGGAAUUUAAGUUUCUCUGGUCUAGUUUUCAGGUGCUUUACGUUCCAGGCUUCUGCUGUCCCAGAGGCGGCUUCAGUCCCCGCCGUCCUUCGCCUCCCGGAUCCUCAGGAUGGCGAGAGUCUGGGUCUGCGUGGGAGGCGCCGUCUUCUUUCUUUCCUGUCUGGUUUUGCAUGCCUGCUACAGUGGCUCUCUGGAUCCUACGGUCAUACUGUUAAAAAAUAUAAUUCCCUGGGUGAUCUUGUUCAAGUCUUGGGAACCCCAGGCAAGAAGGGCACUGGCUUGAACCCGCUGCAGUUUGACAACCCUGCAGAAUUAUAUGUAGAUGACACAGGAGAGAUUUACAUUGUCGAUGGAGAUGGGGGAUUGAAUAACAGAUUAAUAAAGCUGUCCCAAGAUUUCAUGAUCCUCUGGCUGCAUGGAGAGAACGGGACAGGACCAGCCAAGUUCAACAUACCUCACGGUGUUACACUUGACUCAGUUGGUCGGGUGUGGGUUGCUGACCGAGGAAAUAAAAGACUCCAAGUAUUUGAUAAAGACACCGGAGAGUGGUUAGGAGCAUGGGACAACUGUUUCACAGAGGAGGGGCCUUCGGCUGUUAGGUUCACCCCGGAUGGGAAGUACUUGAUCGUGGCCCAGUUGAACCUCAGUAGGCUGUCAGUUUUGGUGGCCCCACCAUCUGGAAGCAUCGGAGACUGUUCUGUGAUCAGCACCAUCCAGCUGGCAGAUCAGGUUCUGCCACAUCUUCUAGAAGUUGACAAGAAGACCGGAGCAGUCUAUGUAGCAGAAAUUGGGGCAAAACAAGUGCAAAAAUACAUCCCAGUGCACAGCCGUACCCCUGCCUUUGAGGCUUAGUGCUUCCUUCCCGGAGGGGCUUCAAGUGGCAGUGCAGUGCCUCAGAGUCAUUGUGCUUAAAGUCAUUGGAACACAGGGUCACUUUUACCUCUUCUACCAAACAAGUGUGUCAGGAUGUCAUUAAGAGUCCUGUUUUCUGGUGGUUCUUGGGCCUUAGUUUUACAACUAAUCUUGUAAGAGUGGUUUGGUUUUUUUUUUGUUUUUUGUUUUUUGGGUUUUUUUCCCCCCUUUUUGAUUGUCCUGGGUGUUGAACUCAUGGCCUGAUUCACGCUAGGCUGCUGCCAUAGCAUCUUCAUGUAAGCAGCUUUUGAAGAAAGAAACCCAGUUCUAAAAUGGGGUCAUGAAGGAGAACUGUGAUGGUAACUUCCAUGUGUUGAUUAACUCUCUGGGCCCCUGGGUAACCCUUUUGAUUUCAUCUGAAGAACUGGAAACCCCUGGUUUGUUGAACUUCUGUGAAUUGGGCUGAGUGGUUGUGGAUGGGUGGGCUGCCGAGUAAUCAGGUGUGUGCAGAGUGCCAUGCCGGGUUCAGAGCAUCCUAGUGAGGAAGCAGCCUUGUCUGCUUGCGGUCCAGCAGAGAGACAAGUGGGCAUGGUGACAGCAGGAGCAGGAGGACCGUGACAGACAGGACAAGCGUGCAGGGUAGAUUCAUGGAGAGUGCAGGCAGUGGCAGCUCGGGCUCAUUGGCCAGGAGAUGGAUGAGAGGCAGCAGUCCACUCAAGUAGAGAAGGCCUAAGAUGUACAGACUUCCCAUGAAUUCUGAGGAAAAAACAAAACAAAGGUUUGGUCUUUUUUUUUUUUUUUUUUUUUUUUGCUACAAAAUGCUUAAUGGCACCCUUUGCAAAUAAGACUACAACAGCCAGCGUCUAAGCACUUUACUAAAAUGAAGGUUUACCAAUGGUAUUUUAAGAGUUAAUGCUAGCAGUAAGUUCCCCCACUCACUAUUGUCCAUUCCAGUUUUUAGAAUGAAGACACUUUGCUACUAGCACCUAUCUACCUCCAAGAUAUUUUAGGGGAGUUGGAACCAUUCACAGGGAAGUGUGUCAAGCACUUGGAGGUCUUAGGAUGAUUUCCCUGCCUCUCCAGCCUGCACUUGGCCUAUCAGAAUGCUGGCCUUCAGAUGCACAUUCUGUGUUUUUCAGUUGGUUCUGGUUUAUUCUAGACUUUGAGGGAACCCUUUCCUCUCAGGACCUUUCGAUCGCCCAUCCCCUUUGCUCCAUCAGUGCCCCUCCCUGUCCUACUGUUACAUGGUGACCUGUGCAGCACCGGGGACGCCUAAGCUGACUUUACUCCCCACCCACCACAGCUGGAGGGGCUUGGACCUGAUGUGGUGCUUGGGACCCAUGUAGUGUGGGAGGUACGUAAGCCUCCAGUAGGAAUGUGCUAUGUCCCAAGGCUCUUAAAUGUGUCCCUGCCGCUCCCCAGACUGUGAUUCUGAAGUCUUUUAGUACCAAGCGAACAUUCUUUCCUCGCUCACCAUCGCGGUGUGGACUAGAUUUGCAGCAGGCACAGAUGUCUGGAGCCUGGACUACAUCGCAGGAUGUUCUGAGAAGGCCUCCCACUGUCAUCAUAGCACAUGCCAAGUGUGCCUGACUGAUGAAGGCCUUCACAACCCGAUUCUUCAUAGGGUUUAUGUGUUUGCUAAUAAGCAGUUGGUGUGGAUGGAAACAAGCAAUGGGAAACUUGUUUUGUCGGUGAGCCAGAAAAGAAAUGCAGGCUCCUCUUUGAGGGAGGGUAGGUUAGCUGAACUGCCUUUGUUAUUACUGCAGUAUUUUCCUUAGCCUGUUUUUAGAAUAGAUUGUUUGUAUUGUUUUAGAGCAAGCUUUCAAUCCAAUCAAAGCGGUUGGUUACUCUCAUAAUGUGCCUGUGGGCACAUCUGGACAGGACUUCCUAAUGGAGUUCUCAGCUGCACAGCUGCUCAUGAUUGUUGAAUACCCUUCUCCUUCAGUGCUGUAAACACAACCUCUAGGUCUGUGAAUGCCAGCUAUAGUGAUGAAGCUUCCAGGCCAGUACUGGCUUGAUGUCUUCUUUACAGAUGCUUACAAAACUUGCUGAGGAUAUCAUUCCUGAUUGUCUUAAAAGAUAGGCUUACAAUCAAAGUAUUUUACUCCCUGCUUUUGGACCAAUUAGUUAAAUAAGAAUUGUAUUUUCUAUUGGAACAUUAAAGUUUUGCAAAGAAAAAAUUUAUAGAACUUGGAUACUUAUUUUAAGAUUGGAUUUUGGUUUUUUGGUUUUGUUUUUUAAAUAAUAGAAGA